UUUAUUUCAAAAAUGGGAUACCCGUAACGAAGGAUUCCUAACCGGAAACUUUUUAGCUGCAAAGUUUAAACUUUCUGGAUUACCCAAAAACACGUUGGCGAUUAUUUGGGAUUUGGCGGAUUCUGAUAAAGAAGGAAAGCUAAACAAAACACGGUUUUUCGUGGCACUAAAGUUAAUUGCUUUGGCUCAGCAAGGCAAAGCCUUGGAUCUUUCUAAUUUAAAUUUGAAAGUCCCACUUCCUACUUUUAAAGGGCUGAAUGAUACUAGUGCGGAAGGUUUCAAUCAGGACCAGAGGCCAAAAAAAUUCAACAUCACUUCAGAGGAAAAAAGUCAUUCUUAUGAUCUCUUUUAUAAAGCAACACGUGGUGGUGAAAAACUUUCGGGAGCACAAUUUAAGCAAAUGACUAGCAAUUCUGGCCUGUCAAACGUUACAUUGGCAGAAAUUUGGGAACAUUCUGAUACAAAUAAAAACGGAUAUUUAAAUGCUGAUGAGUUUGUGACUGCAAGCCACUUGAUCCGAUUGGCUAAAGCCGGCCGUCCUCCUCCGUCCUCCUCCUCGAGGUCCUAUAGGACUUCAUCCCUAUCUCUACCAAUGAGCACACUAAAAAGUAAACAGUUAAUAAAAAAUGAAGAAAAGCACCAACAAAAAAGAAAUGAACCGCUAACACUGCUUCGCAGCACGGAAAUGAGUUUUGAAGAAAUAGAGAAACAAAUAAAAAAUCUGAGUGAAGCGGAAAAAGAAUUGAAAAAGGAAAUAGCCAAUCGUGAGUCAGAACUGGAGCAUCUUUUGCUGGAGGUUCGUGAUUUGGAAAAAGAAGAGACCGAAGUUCAAAGUCGCUGGCGUGAAGUGGACCUCGAAUAUAAGCAUCACAUUUCCAGACUAGCCGAAUUGGAAACAGAAAAAAAAGAGUACGAGCGUCUGUUAUUGGAUGUUCGCUCGAAAAUUGAAUCGGAGACUGCCGCUGUUAAUCAGCUGAAAAAAGAGCUUUUGAAUUACAGCACAAAAACCCAAAAGAAGGAGGAUGAACUGCAGCGCUGUAAAAUUCACUUGCAAGAGUUGGAUCGUCGUCAAAGCCAAUUAGCGUAUCAGAUCGAAGUUAACUAUAAAGAAUUGGAUCAACUCAAUAACCAAAUUG